AUGCAGACCACGCUUGGGGCCGACCUGAACUGCGCCAAGGGUGUGAAGCAGGGCAAGAGAACUCCACAGGAAAAAAUCGAUGCCGUGAUUGCCAAGAAAGAGGCACAGAUACAAAGAGCAAAGGAUUCUGCUGCGCGCAGCGUGAACAAGUGGCUCAUCAAUGCGGGCAUCGAUGUCGAGAAGUUGCCAGCUCCUCCUGCAGUGCCGACUGGUACGGUCUACAAUGCAAUCAACCGAUGCGUGGCUCAAGUCCAAUUUGGUGCCACGUUCCUGAUGCGAUUUGCCAUCAUCCUGGCAGACAGCACAAUACAUUGCCAUCCGGGUGUGGUAGGCCAAGAAGGGCGUGUUUGUGCCAUUGACAUCACCGGCAUGAUGGCCACACUCAGCCUCAGCAUUCGCUUCUUCUCGUUAGUUAGCAACUCCUGCAUUAACAUUGUGGGUCGCGCAGACUCGAAUGCGAAUUGCGUGGCAUCAGUCGCAGGCAUCACAGGUGCAACCAUGGCCUCAACCUCUUCUGGCAUGAACUUGGAGGCGGCGUGCAAGACCGCAUUUGGCGAUUGGAACCCCGACAAGUGGCCAUCAGGCAGUAACGAGAUUCCUGUCGAGGCACCUGCAUCACCAUGGGCUUUGGUUGUUGGAGCCGGCUUCGCCACAGGCCGGGUGCAGAUUCACGACAGCAAAGGUCGACCCAGCUUGUCAGCAGUGGUUAGCAUGUCACAGUCGUUCAGACGCAAGACUCAGGCGCCGUCGGCUAGCCGGCAUUUUUUUGUCCUGAUUUACGCACUGAUGGCCGUUCGGCAGGUCGAGUUCACAGAUGUUCAAGAGCUCUCAGAACCCUGCGGUCCCACGCAGCCGGCACAAGAAGCUCAAGCAUCCAAACUGGAUGGCGAGGCAUCGCAGCAGCCACAGGAGGAGCUCCGCAUUGGACUCCCGGUGCGCGUCAAGGGGCUCCAAGCGCGGCCGGAGCUGAAUGGGCUCGAAGGCGUGCUGACAUUCUUUGAUGAUCAGAAGUCGCGGUGGCAGGUAGAGCUCAAGAACGGAGGGGGCGCGAAGCUCUUCAAAGCAGCGAAUCUGGAGCACUACAUCUCCGACAAGGAUGCCUUGGAGAUCUUGAAGAGCCAGCCAAGCAAGGAGCCUGCCCGUCCACUUGUGACACCCGCAGCCCCCACGAAGGCGAUGCCAAGCGAAACAGUGCCGGAGCCUGCAGCAGCGCAGCCCGACGCACCGAAAUCCUUCUUGGAACGCUCUCGCUAUGGGAAGGCCGAAGGGCCCUCAGCCGCAGCUGUCGCUGCGGCUGCGGCUGUGGCCAAGGGGGGCAAGGCCCCAAGUGCACCGCUGGCCAACGAUGACCUAAGUGACACGACACUUCCAGACGAGGAUGACGAGGCCUUCGUAAGGUCCAUUGAGCAAUGCCUGAAAGAGUGCGAUGUGAUGUGGGAUGAUUACUGA